CAAUUGGCCAACUCAGGAUGACUCUCGGGGUCUCCUGGCACAUAUCUCUAAGUAUCAACCAGAACGGGUACACCAUAAGAUAAAACUGUUGAAGGUGUUCAACACCACCCAAUGGAUCAUCAAGGAUUUUGAAAGUUUCAUGUCAUCAAUUGCUCGUCCCCAAACACAACAGCAACCCAAUCAAAACUGCCUCUGGGUUUCCGGCAUUAUCGGAUGUGGAAAGACCUUUCUGGCAAACACGAUUAUCCAAAUCUUACUAGAUCACCACGACAAGCAAUCAUCGCGAGAUUUCGUUGCACACGUCUAUUUUGAUUCUGAGAAGCGUGACUCGUUGAAAGCAGCGGACCUGUUUCGAAGCUACGUCAAACAGUUCCUUCGACACCUGUAUACACGUCAACAAAAGCCUCCAAGAGCCGUCAUCCUGGCUCUCAGACGUAUGUUCGGCUCUCGCGUUACCAAUCCAAGCUGCAGCGAAAUUCUCCGAGAGCUUUUGCUACCACUGAUUUCGGAGGUCGAAGGAACAGUCCUUGUCGUAGACGGACUCGACUUGUGCGCCAGAGACGAAUAUUUAGAUGCUCUCGUGUGCUUCGCAAGCAUACUCGAGAAGACCUCGGCGAAGGUCGUUAUCUGUGGACGUGACGAACUUGACAUCAAAAGUCGACUUCCGGGUUCGAUACGCCUUGAGGUCACAGCCGCAAGGAACAAGGAUGACAUCGCAGUGUAUGUCAAGCACCAUGUUGAAAAACGCAGCAUGUACGACGGGCCGAUAUCGAACAAUCCAAAUACUGUGACACAAAUUAUCGAGACCCUGAUCAGUAAAGCUAACGGAAUGUUGCUUUGGACUCGUCUCCAGAUCGAUGUGCUCUGGGAUACGUGUAGAACUGACGCCGAGAUUGUCGUGGCGCUCAGGGGACUACCCAAGGAUCUCGAUGAGACAUACGAAAAGUGUCUAGAGCGGCUUCGGCGAAAACAAGAACCGUACGCUCUACGCGUGCUCCGCUACGUGUACGAAGCCAAGAACCCGCUCACUGUCGACGCUCUGGGAGAAGCACUGGCAACGGAUCCCCUAUCAGGAGAACUACAGUCUAAGCAGAUUCCACCUUCCAGGUUCAUUAUCGAAUGUGGUGCGAACCUCGUAAUCUUUGACGAGGUCGAGAGAUUCCUAGUGCCAGCUCAUCAUUCGGUGAGACGUUUCCUGAACAGUUCUCGUGCUGAAAUACUCGAGAAACUGAAGUUUCAUGUCUGGGAUGAUGCUGAGCUGAAACUUGGCGCGAUGUGCAUCACGCAUCUUUGCUGGCAUAUGGAAUUGGCCCUAAGAGAGGAAAAUCGUACUCACCAUGAGCUUGAGCUUACGACCUUGCAAAUGCCCUCUUUCUCACAAAUGAGUCGUUGGGCACGGCCAAGCAAAGCGUUAGCGUACGUGCAGAGACCAUCACUUAUCUGGAGGAAGCCAGCAUCGUUUCCUAAGAUGAAUGAUAAGCCCGUGCUGAUCCAAAGGCUGGUGGAGCGGCCAAACGACUCUAAAUCAGUGACUGCCUUCAAACAAUAUGCAAGGUUCAAUUGGCUGACUCUAUCCCGGUCUGUGUCGGGCGACUCGAUGCUUAUGAACAAAUUUUGGAAGCUGGCGUUCAUGUGUAAUAGCGAUGAUUCGCAGAUGUGUCCCUGGAACCAGGGCCGGAUCGCUGGAAACGCCGACAUCGUUUGGUGGGCGAUCGACAACACUCAUGUGCCGUUGUAUGAUAUCGCCAUGGAGCGGUCGACAAUGCUGGACGGCGCAUCUCGUCCUGACUUCACACUGCCUCUAGCUUACCACGAAGGGUUGCUUCCUUUACAUCUAGCUGCCAAGCGCGGCUCCCUCGAUAUGUUCACCAGAGUCGCUAGACAUUGUGAUAUUGCUGCCAAGGCACCUUCUACUGGCAGGACUGCUUUGCAUUAUGCCGCUGAGCAAGGCCACUCGGAGAUAGUCAAAUGCCUUCUGCAAGAAGAUUCAGGUUCAGUACUGCUACGCGGACACGAUGGUCACAGCGUGCUUAGCUUGGCUGUCAAGGCACAAUCAUUCGAAACCAUCAAAGUGAUCGAAUCGAUAUGGGGUCGUCAGGUCUGGCAGCAACAUGUCAUCGAUGAAGUCUUGGACGCCCUUCUCAUAGGCGAAAGAAAUCUGGAGUUCGCGAAUCAUGUUCUGCUGAGAGUAACAUCAGUUCGUGGGUAUUCACACUCAAAGCUCCUGACGUGGAUUGUCAAGCAUGGUCUUGCCAGUCUUGUGCCCGGUGUUGUCAAAGCGGGCGUACCUUUGGACACCCCAAUCAGCUCAAAAGCCAUCAGCAGCCCGGAGCUGGAUAGAGAUGAGCCGGAGACUAUCUGCGCGGCAAUCUUCUUCGCGCUAGAAGCCUCAACGCCUGACCUUGCCACUGCGCUCAUUAUGAACGGCGCCGGUCGCCAUGUUGACUCAAACCAUAACAGUCAAACUUGGAGGCCGUUUCACCUUGCUCUGAAUCGGGGCUGGGUAUCGUUGGCUUCAUUGCUGCUGUAUGGCGAAUGCACACGUACGUUGGCUUCGCGUUGUGUUACUUGUGUUGACACACUUAGGUUUCGUAUAUCUGUGACGAAUCCACGUGUACGUUGGCUCGGUGUCGUGUUGACAUGUGGCGCAAUCGAUGGUUCCAAGAUUGGUUCUUCGUCCCAGGAUACUCUUGUUGGACAAUGCUACCCUAAUGUCCUGCAUGUUGUCAAACUUCGAGGCGCAGAUAACGACAUAUAUGCACUGAAAGUCGAACUAUCUGCCCAUCGAUUCCUCGGGUUUGAUCUGAUGAUUGGAACAUCUGAGGCAGAUUUUACUGCUUGGAGAAAGCGACCAACCCCACCGGAUCGGUCUCUGACGGACUUGCAACAUAGUGGCACACUCGUCAGGAUCUCAUACGACGGAACGGUGAAGGAUUUUGGGUACAGCCCAAAGCCGUAUAAUAUGCAGCACAUCCAGCUCACGUAACGUGGUGAAGUCUGGACAUCUGGAGUUUGAACCUCUGAAGUCUGGACCUCGUUGAUGAAGGGUUCUGAACGAUCGCUCAAGCUUAGCAGCACUGGGAAAGCCGGGGAAGGCAUUUUGUUCAACGAAAAGUUUGAGAUGCGAGUCAACACGUCUUCCGAGAAGAGUCUUCGGCCUUACGUUGGCUUUCGAUUGAUGGUUGG